UGCAAACAGCACUAUAAAUAUAGACAGACAUCCUUGGUCAUGUUCCAAUAAAGGUAAAACCACUACAGUGGGGUGGAAUUGGCUUGAUACAGCAUUCCUGCACCAAACAACUCAGUCUAUAAUUAAUGUUUGGCAUGCAUAGGGAGGAGCUUUCCUUUAGCAACUUAAUAUUACAUUUCAUAAAGAGUAUAAAUAAAAGAAUCACAGCAGAACUCUUUUGACAAAUAUUUCUUCACACUUCUAUAAGAGAAAAGAAAAAAGAAUGUGCACAUUUUCAGUACUUCAAUUCUUCUCCAGAUCAAAGGAUGUUUUCUCACUUUGUCAUGGUAAUUUUUAUUACUAAGUAAGGAAGACAUAAGACCAACAAGCCUGCCUUCAGUUUGUGGGAACCCAAACCAGGAGCUGGAAAUUAUCUUUUUACUAUUGAAUGUGGAUUCAUACAAUUAGAAAAAGGCUUGGGAAUAUGCAUUUACAAGCCAGCAUCUUUCUGCUGCUGGUUUCUCCAAAUUUUGUCUAUACCGUUGGCUAUUAUCCCGAAAAACAUGCACAGCAACCUAGCAUGAAAGGACCUUCACUACCAUUCCGGCCCUUUAACACUAAAAGUCAAGUUAUUCCAAGUGCACCUGAACAAGGCCCUCCAGGUCCCCCCGGACCAAUAGGUCCUAGAGGACAACCUGGACCACCAGGACCACAAGGAAAGCCAGGUUAUGGAAGCCCGGGGCCACAAGGGCCACAAGGAGUGCAAGGGCCACCAGGAUUUUCAUCUAUUGGAAAACCAGGAUUUCCAGGCAUACCAGGAAAGAAUGGAGAACGUGGCUAUCAAGGAGAGAAGGGGGACAUUGGGCCUACUGGACUACCAGGACCUAGGGGCCAACAAGGACCUCCUGGACAUCCAGGUCCUGCUGGACUUGCAGCUACUGGAAAGCCAGGCCUUCAGGGGACUGUAGGAAACCCAGGGCCAAGAGGGGUUCCUGGACUGAAAGGUGAACCUGGCAUUCCUGGCCUCAAUGGUGCAAAGGGACAAAAUGGCUAUGGAGUUCCAGGUCAACCGGGUGAAAGAGGACCUCCUGGAUUACCAGGGCAACCUGGGCCUCAGGGUCCCACUGGGAUCGGCCGACCUGGAGUAAAUGGUCUUCCUGGGCAACCAGGAAAAUUAGGGGAAAGAGGCUUACCCGGUGUACAAGGAGUGCAAGGUCUUCCAGGUCCCCAGGGCCUGCCAGGCCAACCUGGGCAGCCAGGCAUUGGAAAGCCCGGAUUAAAUGGUGCUCCAGGAAUGCCAGGUUCAGCUGGACCAAAAGGGCAACCAGGAAUUCCCGGCAUACCAGGGCCACCAGGACUGCAAGGUUAUGGCAAACCAGGGUUACCAGGAAUGAAAGGCAAUAGAGGACUUGAUGGAACCGCUGGUGUUCCUGGAAUAAAGGGUGACCAGGGACCAGUUGGUCUUCCAGGGCCACCAGGAACACCUGGGUUGCCAGGCAAUCAAGGUAUGCAAGGACAUAGAGGGAUGCCAGGAGACAUUGGUUUACCAGGGAGCAAAGGAGAGGCUGGACUAAAAGGUUCUAUAGGAGUUGCAGGACCUAAAGGUGACAGAGGUUUGCAAGGGCUUGAUGGAAAACCAGGAUAUCCAGGUGAGCCAGGGCUCGCUGGUCCAAAGGGAUAUCCAGGUACACCAGGUCAAAAGGGAGAAAAGGGCAUUAUGGGACCUCCCGGUGUACCAGGAGUAAGUGGCCCUGUCGGUCCAAGAGGAGAAUUGGGUUACAAUGGGGAACCAGGACCAAGAGGAGCCACAGGAAUACCUGGUAUGAGAGGACCAGCGGGACCUCCAGGCAUUCCAGGUCUUCCUGGUCAGAAAGGGGAGCAAGGUGUCCCAGGAUUACAAGGCCCAGCUGGCUUUGCAACAAAUGGCAUACAAGGACCAAUGGGGCCACCUGGAAUUCCAGGUCCAAGAGGAAUAAAUGGUGAGCCAGGGUUACCAGGACAACCAGGGCCACCAGGGCCACCUGGUCCAGUUAUAAUGCCACAUCACAUACCAGAUGGCUAUGCAAAAUCAGGUCAGAUUCAGAGUCUUAGGGAGAUUCAGGCAUCAGCUUUUACUGCUGUUCUCUCUACAGCCUAUCCACCAGUGGGAGUGCCUAUAAAAUUUGACAAAAUCUUGUACAAUAAACAAAAUCAUUAUGACUCUCGAACUGGAAUAUUUACAUGUAGGAUACCAGGAAUUUAUUACUUUUCUUACCAUGUGCAUGUUAAAGGCACAAAUAUCUGGGUUGCACUGUAUAAAAAUGGCACUCCUGUAAUGUACACAUACGAUGAAUACAAAAAAGGAUAUCUUGACCAGGCAUCAGGUAGUGCAGUUCUAGACCUAACUGAAAAUGAUCAAGUGUGGCUUCAGUUACCUAAUGCAGAAUCUAAUGGCUUAUACUCUUCUGAUUAUAUACAUUCCUCCUUCUCUGGAUUCUUAUUUGGCCUAACAUAAUAACAACAUAAAGGACCAACUAAAUUGUAUGCUUGAAAAAUCAGUGUGUUAUUUGUUAAUUUGAAAGAUAUUUGUGUUUCUUAACAAAAAUGAUAGCAGAAAAAAUGAAAAAUAAUAUUUCUAAUACAGUAUUUGUUUAGGUGCAUGCAUUAUAAGAACUUCAAGUUUAAAAU